UCCUCAGUCUCCCUGGCGGGCCUCUCGAGGGAGGGGGCACUCCCGCGCCCGCACCCUCCCUCCAGGGUCUGCUUGACACCCCCACCCGCAGCCCGUGCUGGCUUUCCUGUUCACACAGCAGCACGUUUCCCACUCCUGUGCCAGCUGAAAGCAUUGUCUGCCAGCUAUUUCUGUACCAUCCCAGCCCCUCCACUAAUACCGCAUCUAAGAAAACAGAUGCUGAGCUGGAGCUCCUUGGCGCCCGGCAGAAGAAACCCAUUUAUUUCCUGUCAGAGACCGGACAUCAUCUCUAAAGGCUGCAAACUGCCUGGUGGCAGAGGCCACCCUGGGCCACUCCGAGCUUGGGUCUGGACCCUGGGGAACCCGUCAGAGAUGCAGACUAUGCUUGAAGGAGGCCAGGACACGGCUUUUCCCCACGAUUGGCUGGAACCCUAAGAUCUGGCCCACGGAGACUGGCCCACCAUGUUCUAUGGGACCCACUUCAUCAUGUCUCCACCCACCAAGAGCAAGCUUAAGCGGCAGAGCCAGCUGCUGUCCAGCGUGCUGUCCCGGACACUGAGCUACAAGUAUCGUGACCUUGAUGCCACCUUCUGCAGCCUGGGAGCCAGUGACGACCCAGCAGAGCUGUCUACCCAGCUCUCAGCUCCUGGGGUCCUGAAGGUGUUUGGGGACAGCGUCUGCACAGGCACCCACUACAAGAGUGUCCUGGCCACUGGCAUGUCCAGUGCCCAGGAGCUGGUAAAAGAGGCCCUAGAACGUUAUUCCUUGAGCUCUGACUGUGCCAGCCAGUAUGUGCUGUGCGAUGUGGUGGGCCAGGCUGGUGACUCUGGGCGCCAGUGGCGGGCUGAGUGCUUCCGGGUCUUUGGGGAUAAUGAGAAGCCCCUCUUGAUCCAAGAAUUAUGGAAACCCCGAGAAGGCUUGUCCCGGAGGUUUGAGCUGAGAAAGAGGUCAGAUGUGGAAAAGCUGGCAGCCAAGGAUGUGGACACCAUGACAGCAGGGAUAAACGCCCAAGCCCGGAGGCUGCAGCGGAGCCGUGCCAAGGGAACCCCAGCCCUGGCCUCAGGGGGUGCCCAGAGUUCUCCUCAGCCCCGGCUGCGACGCACCGUCAGCGAGACCAGCCUGAGCCCGGCCACUGCCCUACCCGACGCUGCCCAGGGCCCCGAGGAACCCAUCCAGGACACCAUGCGCUACUCCCUCUACGAGUCGCCCCACCUGCUCCUUCUGCAGGGCUACAGCCAGCAGCACGACAGCCUGGUGUACGUGCUCAACCGGGAGCGGCACACAGUGGGCCAGAGGACCCCAUCCAGCAAGCCCAGCAUCAGCCUGUCGGCCCCUGACAUCCUGCCCCUCCAUUGUACCAUCCGCAGGCGCCAGCCCGCAGGCAGAGACUCAGGGGGCUGGCUGGUCCUGGAGCCCAUCCCUGGGGCACCUGUCUCUGUUAACUUCUCAGAGGUGGGGGGACGGGCCGUGGCGCUGCAUCAUGGGGACUUGCUGUCCCUGGGCCUCUACUACCUGCUGCUGUUCAAGGACCCGGCACAGGCCCCCUCCCUGCCUGCACAGGCUUUGGCCCGCCUUCGGGCCGUGCCGCAGAGCUGCAGGAUGUGUGGGGCUGUGCUGCGGGCCCGGGGCACCUCUGCCUCCACGAGGGCCGCCCUCCCGCGGUCUCGGCAGCUGCACCUGGAGUUUGAGCCUGACAUGGAGGAUGUGCUGCUGCAGCGGAUCAUGACGCUGAUUGAGCCGAGUGGCGAUGACCACAAGCUGACCCCUGCCUUCCUCCUCUGCCUCUGCAUCCAGCACUCAGCUACCCGCCUCGAGCCAGGCUCCUUCGGGCAGCUCCUGCUCAAGAUUGCCAAGGCGAUCCGGGAGAGAGUCUGGGAGAAAACCAAAGAACUGGCGGAGAAGCAGGCGCACCUCCAGGAGCCCAUCUCCCUGGCCAGCGUCAACAUGGCUGGCCUGGUGCCCGACCUGCAGCACAUUCUCUUCUGGAUGUCCAACUCUGUGGAGCUGCUGUACUUCAUCCAGCAGAAGUGCCCACUCUACAUGCAGAGCCUGGAAGAGGAGCUGGACGUCACAGGCUCGAAGGAGUCCCUGUUCUCCUGCACCCUCACGGCCAGCGAGGAGGCCAUGGCGGUGCUGGAGGAGGUCAUCCUGUAUGCCUUUCAGCAGUGCGUGUACUACGUCUCCAAGUCCCUGUACGUCUGCCUCCCGGCCCUGCUGGAGUGCCCCCCUUUCCAGAUGGAGCUCCGGGGGAGCUGGUGCUCAUCCCUCCAGCUGCCUGAGGAGCUGCGCCGCGUUGUGUCAGUCUACCAGGUCGCUCUGGACCUCUUGCAACAGUUCCAGGUGCACCCCGAGAUCGCCUCCCAGGUGCUGGCCUACCUCUUCUUCUUCUCCAGCACUCUGCUCUUCAACCAGCUUCUGGACAAAGGCCCCUCUCUGAGUUGCUUCCAUUGGCCAAGAGGAGUCCAGGCCUGUGCCCGCCUGCAGCAGCUCCUCGAGUGGACAAGGAGUGCUGGCUGUGGGGAGGCUGCAGAGUGCUUCUUCCAGAAACUUUCCUGUACACUCAACCUGCUGGCCACUCCUAGUGCCCAGCUCGUCCAGAUGAGCUGGGCAACCCUGCGGGCCACAUUCCCUGCCCUGAGCCCAGCGCAGCUGCACCGACUGCUGACUCAGUACCAGCUGGCCUCGGCCAUGGGCCCCAUGAGUGCCUGGGAGCCGGGUGCUCAGGACAGCCCCGACGCCUUCAAGUCAGAGGAUGUCCUGGAGUCCUAUGAGAACCCGCCCCCCAUCGUGCUGCCGAGCGAGGGCUUCCAGGUGGACCUGGAUGCGGACUGCCUGGACGACGGCAUCUACCAGCACCUCCUGUAUGUCCGCCACUUCCUCUGGAGCCUGCGGAGCAAGCCCAGCCCCUGCGGGCCGCCCCAGCCUGAGUGCCAAGAGGGCCGACCCUCCAUCCCUGAAGGACCCCUGGAGGCCCGGGAAGCUGCCCCGGCUAGGGCUCUUCCUCUUCUGGGGGCUCCCCGGGCACAGGGUCCCGCAGGACAGCCGCCUGGCCGCGGGUGCCGUGGGGGUUCCCAGGCUGGCCCCCUGCACUUGGACCCCUCAUACAUGCUCACGCCUCCCAGCACCCCCCUUGACCUCGAGCCAGGUGGCGCUGACUGGCCAGAACCGAGCGGCACCCUUGGGAACGCCCUGCUAGAAGGCAGGAGGAGCAGCCCCCGGGGCACCACUCCAGAAGGAGACUGUGCAGCCCCCAUGGAUGAGCCCCCUCUGGCCCCCUCCAGUGUCACCUCCAACACUGAGGACUUCUGCUCUGUCUUCACGGUGGAGCUGCAGCGAGGUCCCUCUGGGCUGGGGAUGGGCCUGAUCGAUGGGAUGCACACACCCCUGGGCAUCCCGGGGCUCUACAUCCAGACCCUGCUUCCGGGCAGCCCGGCUGCAGCCGAUGGCCGGCUCUCCCUGGGAGACCGCAUCCUGGAGGUGAACGGCAGCAGCCUGACAGGCGUCAGCUACCUGAGAGCCGUGGAUUUGAUCCGACACGGGGGAAAGAAGAUGCGCUUCCUGGUCGCCAAGUCUGAUGUGGAAACAGCCAAGAAAAUCCGCUUCCGCACGCCCCCUCCCUAGGGUGGACACCCAUGCCCAGGGCCUGCCACCUUCCACCAGGCUGUGCCAUGUGGGUCCAUCCCUCACCUGUGCAUAAUGUACAUCUUAGUGUAUAUUUUAUUUAUAGGACAGAUAACACUAAGUUGUGAUGUUUGUUACAGAGCUUUUAUGUUUGAAGACUUUACUGGAGAAGUCUAGAUUCAAUAAA